AUGAGUGCUGGAGGUCCUGUUCCUGUCUGGAAGAAAUACACUACUGGGUCCAAGGGCAUCUGGGAAUUGAUCCGGUCGGUGCUGGUUCUGGUGCCUAACCGGUCGUCCGGAAACCCUUACGUUCCCUACUACCGUGUCCCGUCGCCGUCCUCAAACAAGCAGGUCUACAAGGACCCGCGCACCAUUCCGGCCGCAGACAUCGUCCAGAACGACUACUAUAAAAGAGACAAGCGCAGAGCGUAUCCGCGGGCGUCUGUGUUCACACAGCCGCAGAUAGGCGCGUUGUUGCAGAUCGGCAACGCUAAACGGAGCAGACUGCCAAAGGGCGAGGAAGGCGUGAAGCAGCUGGCGCUCGUGUCCAGUGGUCAGGUGGACCUGCCGCAGGUGCUGCGGACCGCCGACAGCGCGAUUCUGAACGGCGAGCUGCUGGGACCACGCGGAGAGCCCGUUGUGGCUCCGAAUCUGAACAAGAAGCUCAGCAUGAAAAUUCUAGAGGAACCCGAGCACGGCAUGUACACGGACGAGUAUCCUGUGCGGAUGUUCAAGCUGUAG